UUCAGCAGUUGGGCAGAACAGAGACUGAGGCGCAGAAGCGGAGGCAGGGCGGCCGGGCGCGUGCCAAGGGGGCGGUCGGGGCUUCCCCCUGGGUCCUAUCUGCCACCCUGUCCCCAGCCUUGCUCUCUGCUGCUCCCCAGAAGCAGCAGCAGUACCAGCAAGAGCAGCCUUUGCACCUUUCACUUUUCCCAGAGGCCCAGAGGGUGAGUGGGGAGGGCCAGAACCAAGGGGGGAGCCAGCCUGGGUGGCAGGAAGCAGCCCCUCCCUUGCUCCACUUCCUUCCUGGAAUUACUGCCCCCCUUCUCCCCACUGACACACACACCCCAUUUUGCAAGAAGGGGGACGUGGCAGGGAGGGGGGCAGGAGGAAGAGGAGGCCAUCAUCACCAUCAUCAUCAUCACCACCACGUGGGUUGGAGAAGCAGCUGUUGCUUGCAUAGAGGGAGCCCCCCCCCAUCAUAGCACCAUCCUCCUGCUCCCACCCACCCCUUGGCCUCCCAGUCCUUGGCAUCAUCACUUAGGCUAAGCUAACAGAAGCUUCAGUUCAUGAUGGAUGAAGACAAAGAGAGCAUGGAAGAAGAGAAGCUGAAGGGGACCUCUCUCUCUGCUACACUAGCUAUGGCUGAAGAUGGAGAAAAAAAGUUAGAAGCAGAUAAGCAACCUGUGAAGGAUGAGGACAUCACCCAGCGAUCUUCAGGGAGGAAACGGCUGAGGUCUAGAGCAAGAAAGGAAGUAGAAUGGGCACAGAACGCCAAGCCUUUAUUUGUUUCUCCGAAGAAACGGAAACUACUUGCCACUUUAGCCACAGCACAGAAAGAAGCAAAAGAGGAGCAUGAGGAGCGUCAAUGUGAGCCAGAUUCUACAUCCUUCAAGGAGAAGUUGGUCGUGGUAGAGGACGGUAGGGAGAAACAGCUGGUUAUUAGAAGAGUGAAGAAGGAAAAAAAUGCGGAGGGGGAUCUGGAAGUCGAGGUGGAGGUUCGGAGGGUUUCCACAGAUGCGAAUCCGGACUCACUACCUGAAGAGGAGAUGAAGGUGGAAAUGGAAGAACAGAAAGCUCAAGAGUUUGAGGUGCAAAAAGUCACCAUCCCAGUAGAUGGGACUUUGUCCCACCCUUCUUCAUCCCACCCUAAUACCUGUGGCGUGUGUGGGAAGAGUUUUAGCCGCCGCUCCAACCUGGCGAAACACCAGAUCAUCCACACGGGAGAGAAGCCUUACCGCUGCAAUGACUGUGGUCGCAGUUUUAAUCAGAGCUCUGCCCUCACCAAGCAUCAGAGGACACACACCGGGGAGCGCCCUUACGUCUGUGGAGACUGUGGUAAGGCCUUCACAGCCAGCUCAAACCUCCUCCAGCACCGGCGUUUCCACACUGGUGAGCGGCCCUAUCGCUGUGAACUGUGCGGCAAGGCCUUCUCUCAGAGUUCCAACUACAACCUGCACCGCCGUGGCCACACAGGUGUCACACCUUACCAGUGUGGGGUGUGUGGCAAACGCUUCACUGGGAGCUCCUGCCUGACCCGUCACCAGAGGACCCAUACUGGGGAGAAGCCGUACCAGUGCCAAGAAUGCGGCAAGCGUUUUUCGGGGAGCUCCACUCUAGCCAACCAUCGGCGCACCCAUACUGGUGAGAAACCAUAUGGCUGUGCUGAGUGUGGCAAGCGAUUCACCCACCACUCCAACCUGGUGGAUCACUGGCGGGUUCACACAGGAGAAAAGCCUUACGUGUGUACCGAGUGUGGGAAAAGCUUCCGACUCAGUUCCCACAUAAUUCGUCACCGUCGCACUCAUGCCAAUGCCCGUGCUACCAGCCUGGGCCAUGACCUUAUCAGCAGUUUCAGUGCAGCCUGUGAUGAAGCCAGCAUCAAGGCCUAUCAUAUUGCCCUUGGUUAUGCCAGUGAUGGCAGUGCUGACAUCAACAGCCCUCAUGUUGCCAAUCACAAUGCCCUGUGUGGCGAUUCCAGUGUCUCAAAUGGCAACAACGAUACUGAUGGGGAAGACAGUGACCGGCUUCUCAUUUGCAGUCAAUGUGGUAAAGGCUUCCACCUGGAGUCCAGCCCUCAAGAGCGGAGCCAAGAAGACUCAGCAAUGGGGGACGGUCCCUAUAGUUGUACUGAGUGUGGUAACAGUUGUUGGACGUAGCCAGACAGAGGUGGAGUUGAACAACAAAGAUCUGGUAGCCCUCUGAGGCACUGAACUGAUCAGAAAGUCCCAGCAUAGGAAGAAAGAGAUGUAUCAAUUGCUAAAUCAGUAAUAGACCAGGAUGUGGACUGAAGUGGGCAUAUAGUCUGAGCCCCACUUUUUCAGACUGGGAUUACCCUUAUAUUGAGCAAUCCUUGAUUCUGUUUCCACAGGCAUUUUCAGUUUGUUUGCAGAGUUCUUGCUAUUGCCUUUAGUGAAGGAAAGGAGUAAAUAAUACCAGAGAGUGUUUACUCUUAAAUUCUAGGCAAGAUUGGGUUUUGUUUGAAUGGUGCCCCAAGAUAGUGUUGGAAAGAUGGUUCUCAAACCUUCUGUUCUCAUUCUCCCUUUUUUUUCUUGUUUCCUCCCCAUUCCUUCCACCCUUGCAAAAUAACAACAAUAAUCCCACUCUUCUCUGUGCCUUCCCUUUAUAGGGGGAAAAGUCCAUUUGGUAAUCCAGGGCUCUAUCUUAGCCUGAAAAUUAAUAGGGCUAAAGAUAGGCUCUGUGUUUGGCUCAAUGUCAUCCGCUCCCUCUUUGGGCAGGGAGAGGUACAGUGAAAGGAGAAGGAUGUAGACACAGGUUUUGAGUCUCCCUUAUCUGAAAUGUUGGGACCAGGACUGUUUUGGAUUUUCUUUUUUAUUUUCUUUUUUUCUUUGGAUUUCAGAAUACUGGUAUUUGGAUACAUGUAUAUAAUGAUAUAUCUUAGAGACAGGAUCCAAGAUUAAUACAAAAUAAUUUUAUGUUUCAUAUAUACCUUAUACACGUAGCUUGUAAUUGUAUACAAUACUUUUAAUGAAUAAAACAAAGUUUGUGUACAUUGACCCAUUAUAAAGCAAAGGUGUAUAAAGGUGUUGAAAAAAGUUUUGGGUUUUGGGAUAUUUUGGGUUUCAGGACUCCAGAUAAGGAAGACUCAACCUGUAGUAUUGUGGGAAAAGAGCAGAGAAGAAGGUGGCCUUCUGUUCUGGCUUGCCCAGAUGAGACCCUACUGAAGAAUAUCUGCUCUGUCUGUGUCUCUUUUACAUAUGUGUCUGUAGAAAGAUUUUUGGGGCUCAUUGACAAGAUUACCCUUAUUUUUACAUCCUUCCACAGCAUCAGAAAAUUGAAAUUUAGUAUACACAUAGUACACGUUGCUGAUUACUUUUUUUAAAAUGCAUUUCUCCUCCAAUAUUUGGGAAAUGAUCUGCCUUCUAAUUGUGACUUUCAUUCCAAUAUUGUGCAAAAUGAAUCUUGUGCUUGAAGCUGCCUCAAACUGACAAAGCAGAAGUUUGCAGUGGCAGCCAGGCAUAUGUCUCCCAUUGCUGAAAACAGGCUAUAUAUGUACUUAGUAUGCCUAUAAAAUUUCAAUUACCAUUUGUGCUCUGAUGUUUUAUUAUGAGACUCAUACUCAGCUUUCUGGCGGAGGAAGGACAAUGACAAGGUCUGAGGAAAACAUAGUUUUCCCCACUACCUCAAUUAAGUUCUUACAGUCAGCAUGGAUCUAGGGAAGUUCUCUAAGGGCUUGGCUAUGUAUUCUUUGCUAAAAACAAAAAUGACAUAUCUUUUUUUAAUGCACUAAAGUAACCUGAAAUAAACUGUAGCAA